GUAAUCAAAUUGGGGUCACCAGUAGUAAUUACCAUUCUUCUAUAGAAUGAUAGUCGGCUUUAAUAACGGAAACGCAACGUUUGAUUUGUUAGUUUGUAGUAUAGCCUGCUAUCUUUUGAAAGGACAACGUUCCCAUUCACUUUUACCUAUUGUCGCCAUAUUGAUUUUAUUUAAAGGGUUACGGAAAAAAAUAAACAAUAUUUUAGGGAUAUUAAUUCGUGCUAUCAGUCUGUUUGAACUCAUGGGGAUUUAUAAACAAGUGGUGUGACGUGUCGUCGUGUAAUUACGAAAAGCAUGUGGGAUGUCAUUCACUAAUACAAUAGAAUGACAUUCAAUUGCUACAGUAAUUGAGAGAGUUCCAGUGUUAUAAUCUUGAAAUCGACAAGGGGCAGUGCCCAUUCCUAUCAAACCUAACCUUAUAUACUAACAGGCUCGAAACAUGGGGAGUAUAUGUAAUGAUUGUAUGGCCAGAGUGCCGUACGCUACUCUUAUUGCAACUAUUAUGUGUUCUUUGGGAGUUGGUAUUUUUUGUGGGACAAUGUACAGAGGUGGUACAUUGGCUUCUCUGAUGAUGGAUCAGGUAUUUCAUUUACGACUUGGUUGGUUGGAAGCUGUGCAAUUAAUUUUUGCCACAAUUGGUGCUAGUAUGGCAGCAUUAGGAUUUAUGAUACUAUGUGUUGGUUGCCUCGCAACUGGAGCUACAAGGCACAAAGUAUAUAGAGCAUGGAGGUCUAGAGUUGGUGGUCGCAUUUCAUGUGCUGUUUUUAUGACAAUCACAUAUAUUCUAGAAUUAGGUUGGCUAUUCAUAUUUGCAUUCCUAGUUAUAAUUACUUGGGUUUUCACUAUAUUUUGGGGACUGUGCAGCAAUCCUAGAGUUGAAUCCCUUGAUCAGUGUAUUGAUUUUACUCAAUUCAGUUUCAUAUUUCCCAAUAAUACUAGAGUAGAAGAUAUGAAGGUGUGUGGACCACAAGAGGUGAAACUAUUUUGUAAAGAUUUUGUGGAAAAAGCAGAGCUGAUGUUUAUCUUGGCAACAGUAGCUGCAAUGCUAGUUGUGUUAAGUCUUAUACAUUACUUAAUGUGUCUGUCUGCUAAUUAUGCACAUAUUCGAGAUCAUGAGAAAUUCCAAGAGCUACAAGAACUUCAGUACCUGCAGGAUCCAGUUGAUCCGGAUUCUCCUCAAUCUGGUAUGGGAACUUUGAGCUCUCAUCAUCGUGCCAAGGAUAGAUUCUAGGAUACGGCCCGCGAGAUCUUCGCUAUGAAUCCUUUAUAAAUUCAUCACUCCUGUUUACAGGAAACUGAAGAUCUCUCCUCUAUAAGGAUAUAAAAUCUUUUGGUGUUGCUCUUCUCUCUGUACCUAAAUUCAGUAUUCUACUAAUCGAGUAUUACUGUAGUUUACUGAUUGAAGAUCUUGCGGGAACACUUUAUGCCGUCCAUUUUCUAUGACUGUCUCAAGCAUUUAUUUUUUUUGUCUUAAAUUUACUAAUAACAAAUAAGAUAUAUCAUCUAUUCUAGUGUUGAACAAUUCCAUUAUCGUUAAAAUCCAUAAGAUGUUUAAAAAAAGUAUGGGCAUAAGGUACAACAAAAUAAUGAAAAAUAUUGUAUAAAUGUUUCUGCUAUAUGUGCCUAAUUAAUUUUUAAAUUUAUGCCCAUUUCUUUAACACAUCUUGAGUAGAUUAAUAUACAUAAUAAGAUUCCAUAAUUCGUAUGUGUUUAAAAAUGAAUAAGAGUUUCAUUUAGAAAAACAAUGUACAGUGAAUAUGCGCGAGGCACAAAGAAUAUAGCGCACAGAAUAUAUAUAUAUAUAUAUAUACUUUUUAAUUUUUAUUCCACAUAAAAAUAUAUUUAUAUUCAAAUAUACAAAUGUCUACUAUGCACUAAACUGUUAUUUGGUAUAGUAACUAUUUGAUUGCUGAUGUCUGUAUAUUACAUAAGACUGUUUAACAAUGCAGGCUAUAUAUUAAGUAUUGUUAAUAUUCAUAUUGAGAUUUUUUGCACUGAAAGAGGGCAGCUUUAUUUAAAAAGCUAUUUGUAUUAUACAUUACUGUUACUCAAAUCUUUUAAUCGUACUGGAAGGGACAGUAAGAAAACUAAAAAUUAACUAGUUAUGUUUCCAUUUCUUUAAACUGCUAUCUAUUGCAAUAGUAUUUAAAAAUCCUAUUAAAGAUAUUCGUCUUUAUUAAUUCUAUUUUCUCUCAGUACAUGAAAUAAAGUAUUAAAUUAACAAUCAGUUAUUGUUACAUAAUUACUUAAAAAAAUCAAACAGUAAUAUGUUACAUAAAGGUAACAAUAAAAAAAUUACUUCAAAUUAUAUUUCAUAUGCACAAGACCUGAUUGUGCCAAACUCAUUCGACUUGAAUAAAGUAAAAAAUCAUCACAUUGUUAUAAAUAAAAUUAUCAUAUUCUACAUUAUUGUUAAGAAACAAAUUCUAAAAUGAUUAUAUUCAAAAUUAACUUGGAGUAAACCUGUACUUGCUCAAUUCACUUAAUAAUGAUUUGUAGUUUCUUUGAACAUGUAAUAAACUUCAAAAACUGGAAAAUUGUUUCAGGACAAAUAAGUAUAAAUAAUACUGUAUUACGCACACUUCGUAAACGUAUAUCAAUUUGAUAAUUAUAUUUUAUUUACACAAAUUUACGAUAAAACGCUUGUUUAUAUAAGAGAAUAUAAUUGCGCAGGUUACACUGAAUAAAAAAUGGAUUUAUUGUUGUUUUUAUUUAAACUAUGCGAUACAAUUCU